AAGGUCCCUAGAUUAAACCAUAGACAAUGGAUUAAACACAACUAGAGUCCCUAAAAACAUAACCUAUAAGAAAAAUGUUGUAAAACCGAACCACGAACCGAACCUGUAAUUUUGUAACGUGUGAACAGGAAUGCAAAGAAUGUGUCCGCUGAAGAUUUUUGCGGAAAUUAUAUUCAACACAAUAAAAUCAUAAUCCUUUCCUCAUCGUCAAAGUUUUAUUUAUAUGGUACUGAUCGAGCAUUGCGGAAUACCGGCAAUCGUCCAACCAUCGUAUAAAUUAAAAUCCAACCUAUAAAAAUACAUUAUUCAGAAAAAUCUGCUUCAAUAUAUUAUCGUGACAUGAAAUAAAGGCGCAAAUAGACUAGAAUAACCAAAUGAGUAUUUUAAUUUUGACAUAAUGAAACUGCUACGCUCACUGUUGGUUUCUACAUUCUGUAGAAAUAGACGACUGCAUGUGUCGGCAUGGAAAAAUCAAGAUAAGAAAAGGAAUGUGGGUGAAGUCGCGUGGAUUGAGCCGACAGGAUUUGACACGGGAAUAGUAGUCUACAAUCCUAUAGUAAAAUCUAAAGUUCCAUUGAUUACACGAAAUGAAGGAUACGCCAGUUGGUAUAUGUGCGGACCAACGGUUUACGACUCUGCGCACAUAGGUCACGCUUGUUCCUACGUCAAAUUGGACAUUAUCCGUCGAAUAUUGGUAGAAUAUUUUGACAUCAACUUGAUAACAAUGAUGGGCAUAACAGAUAUUGAUGACAAGAUAAUAAAGAAGUCUGGGGAGAGUAAGCGGGACUGGAAAGAAUUAACAAGGUUCUAUGAGAAAGAAUUUUUUUCUGAUAUGGCAGAGCUGAAUGUUCAACAACCGUAUCUGUGCUGCCGCGUGUCAGAACACAUGCCUCAAAUAUUGCAAUUUAUAUUUCAAAUACUAAAAAAUGGCGGGGCCUACGUCACCGACGAAGGUUCAGUCUAUUUCGAUACCAGUAAGUAUCAGGCGUACGGAAAACUAGGCAUUAAGGAAACAACCGCACCUUGUACCCAGGGAAAACGAAAUGGCCAGGAUUUUGCUCUUUGGAAGGCUGCGAAGCCUGGCGAACCUUUCUGGGAAAGUUCCUGGGGACCCGGCAGACCCGGAUGGCAUAUAGAGUGCAGUGUAAUGGCCAGUGAGAAGUUUGGAAAGUCUGUGGACAUUCAUAGCGGAGGUAUCGACUUGGCAUUUCCUCAUCACGAGAAUGAAGAAGCUCAAUCAUGUCAACAUCACGGAGUUUCACAGUGGGUUAAUUACUGGCUGCACACAGGACACCUUCAUAUAAAUAGUAUGAAAAUGUCCAAAAGUUUAGGAAACAGUGUCAGCAUCGCAGAAUUACUUGAUAAAUUCACUGCCGAUCAGUUCAGGCUCUUUUGCUUGACCUCGCAUUACAGGAGAGGGGUGGAAUACACGGAUGAUCUCAUGGCGGCAUCUGUUGCAAUAUUAAAAAAAGUUGAGUGUUUCUUAGACGAUUGCAAUAACUACGUGAACGGAACUUUACCAGAGGGAAAUGUAGACGAAGUUGUAAUAUUACAAAGCUUGGCAAAAACGAAAUCGGUAAUUCAAUCAGCCUUAGCAGGUGACUUCGAUACCCCAAAGGCAAUACGCGAAAUUACAAGUUUGGUUACUCUUGGAAAUAAGAUGUUACAUUCGCCCGAGGAAGAAGGAACAGUGCGAAGUCCUGCUGUUAUCGCAGCUCUCGCGAAUUAUAUAACAUCAACAUUGAAGUCUUUCGGGUUGGAAACAAACACGAAGAAUACGCAGAAGAGUAGUAUACAAACGGCGGACGUUAUAGAUGAUCUUGUAAACUUGAGAAGAGAUGUUAGAAAUUUUGCGCUUGAAGUCGAGUUAAAGGAUAAAAGAUUGUUAGAAGCAUGCGAUGCAGCAAGGAAAAAUCUAUCCCUUCACGGAGUUCAAAUAAAGGAUUACGGGAAUACAUCUACGUGGAGUUUUGGAGGAGCUAAGAAAACAUGAAUUUAAAAAUAGCACCAUCAUUUUUCUUUGCUAUUGAAAUAAUGUCAUCCGUUAGGCUAUCAAUAAAGUAAUUGUACAAAUUA